CAGGUCUCUAUAUGCUCCAACAAAACUGCAUAACUAUAAAUCAAAGUGUGUUGUGAAAUUUCAAGGAGAGGUCCAAUAUUUGAAACUGGGAGAAGAACAACAAAAAGAAUGAGUGCUUCUCUGGUAAACACUCCACAGGGUCUGUUAACCUUCAAGGAUGUGACUCUGGACUUCUCACGGGAGGAAUGGGAAUGUCUCAGUUUUGCUCAUCGGGCAUUGUACAUGGAUGUGAUGGUUGAGAAUUACAUCAAUCUAUUGUUUGUGGAAAAUCAUCUCAUAUGUGGAAAACAUGGGAAGGUCUUAGAUCAAGACAUAGAGUGCAGUGCCAAUGACCAUGUGAAUAUGCAAGAGAAGUCUUAUAAAUGUAAUGAACUUAGCAAAAUGAUUAAUGAAUCCACCCAAAGUACACCUUAUAAAACUGACCACAGAGAUGCCUCACUUCAAUCCCCAAACCUGAAAAGACUUAAAGUUGGGAAAACCAGAGAAGUAUCCAAAGAUGAAGACUGUGUAAAGUGUUUAAAUGAGUGCUCUAUAAAUAAUCUAAAUCAAGGAAUACACAUACAUAAGAAAGGAUAUAACAGUACAGAAUUUGAUAAGGGUGUUGCGCCUAACCAUGAACUGAUGCUGAAACAAACCACUAAUGGCAAGAAGCUUUACAAAUGCAGUGAAUGUGACAAAUGCUUUACCCACAAAGACAGUCUUAGAAUUCAUCAUAGAACUCAUACAAGAGAGAAACCUUACAAAUGCAGUGAAUGUGACAAAUGUUUUAUCAAAAAAUCCCUUCUUCAAAUUCAUCAGAGAAUUCAUGCAGGAGAGAAACCUUACAAAUGCAGUGAGUGUGACAAAUGCUUUACCCGAAAAUGCCUUCUUCGAAGUCAUCAGAGAAUGCAUGCAGGAGCGAAACCUUACAAAUGUAGUAAAUGUGACAAAUGCUUUAUUGACAAUCACAGUCUUAGAAUUCAUCAUAGAACUCAUACAGGAGAGAAACCUUACAAAUGCAGUGAAUGUGACAAAUGCUUUACUGGCAAAGGCAGUCUUAACGUUCAUCAUAGAAUUCAUACAGGAGAGAAACCUUACAAAUGCAGUGAAUGUGACAGAUGCUUUACUUACAAAGGCAGUCUUAGAAUUCAUCAUAGAACUCAUACAGCAGAGAAACCUUACAAAUGCAGUGAAUGUGACAAAUACUUUACUUACAAAGGCAAUCUUAGAAUUCAUCAUAGAACUCAUACAAGAGAGAAACCUUACAAAUGCAGUGAAUGUUACAAAUGCUUUACUUACAAAAGCAGUCUUAAAAUUCAUCAUAGAAUUCAUACAGGAGGGAAACCUUACAAAUGCAGUGAGUGUGACAAAUGCUUUACCCGAAAAUGCCGUCUUCGAAGUCAUCAGAGAAUGCAUGCAGGAGAGACACCUUACAAAUGUAGUAAAUGUGACAAAUGCUAUAUUGACAAUUGCAGUCUUAGAAUUCAUCAUAGAACUCAUACAGGAGAGAAACCUUACAAAUGCAGUGAAUGUGACAAAUGCUUUACUGACCAAGGCAGUCUUAGAACUCAUCAUAGAAUUCAUACAGGAGAGAAACCUUACAAAUGCUGUGAAUGUGACAAAGGCUUUACCCGAAAAUCCCAUCUUCAAAUUCAUCAGAGCAUUCAUACAGGAGAGAAACCUUACAAAUGCAGUGAAUGUGACAAAUGCUUUAGUGACAAACGCAGUCUUAGAAUUCAUCAGAAAAUUCAUACAGGAGAGAAACCUUACAAAUGCAGUGAAUGUGACAAAUGCUUUCAGUACAAAGUUAGUUUGCAAUGUCAUCAGCUUGUUCAUACAGGAGAGAAACCAUACAAAUGCAGUGAAUGUGGCAAAUGCUUUAGUGACAAAGGCAGUCUUAGAAUUCAUCGGACAAUUCAUACAGGAGAGAAACCUUACAGAUGCAGUGAAUGUGACAAAUGCUUCCAGUACAAAGGUAGUCUGCGAUGUCACCAACUUGUUCAUACAGGAGAGAAACCUUACAAAUGCAGUGAAUGUGACAAAUGCUUCCAGUACAAAGGUAGUCUGCGAUGUCACCAGCUUGUUCAUACAGGAGAGAAGCCUUACAAAUGCAGUGAAUGUGACAAAUGCUUUACUGACAAAGGCAGUCUUAGAAGUCAUCAUAGAACUCAUACAGGAGAGAAACCUUACAAAUGCAGUGAAUGUUACAAAUGCUUUACCAAAAAAUGCCAUCUUCAUCUUCAUCAGCGAAUUCAUACAGGAGAGAAACCUUACAAAUGCAGUGAGUGUGACAAAUGCUUUACCCAAAAAUGCCAUCUUCAAAAUCAUCAGAGAAUUCAUACAGGAGAGAAACCUUAGAGAUGGAGUAAAUGUGAAAAUUGCUUUACUGACAAAGGCAGUCUUAGAAUUCUUCAUAGAACUCAUUUAGAUGAGAAACUUUACAAAUGCAAAUAAUGCCCUACAGAAAAUAAUUAUUACAAGUAGGCAAAACUUGUGAAAACAUUCAUGCCAUGUACAAAUCUCAGAUAAUGUGUACUAUUUCUGUGGGGAAAUACUUUGAAAAUAUGACAUUGUAGGAAAGUUACUUGUUCACCCUGAAAUAAUAAAAGAUAAAAACCAAGUAGGGAAGCCAAAAGAAUAUAGUAUUUUUGGACACUUUCCUUGAAACUGAAAUAAAUGAUUCAAAAGGAAAGCUAAUUAAGGUAUGUAAUACACCUUUCAAACUGGUUAAUAAUACUGACAGCAUUCUUUUGAUAUUUAACUCACAUAAAGAAAUUCAGACAAAUCUUACUUAAAUGAGGAUUUGAUACACUGAGCCACCAAACAAAAUCAGAUGUUCUUUAUCCUAUAGAGAUGCCUACAGGGCUGGGCAGUGAUGAUGCAUGCUUUUAAUCCCAUUAAUUUGGGACCAGAUGCAGACAGAUUUCUGAGUUCCAGGCUAGCCUGGCCUACUCAGAGAAACCUCUCAAAAAAAAAAAAAAAAGAUGACUAUAGAUAUUCUUGGAGUAUCCAUUAUUCAUAAUCUCUAUCAAAUGCUGGAUUUAAAUCCAGGAUAACAACUUACUAUGUGUCCCUUGUGCUCUCAUCAGAAAGAUCAUUGUCAUGUAAGUAUAUCUAAUAAAGCUUAUUGAUUAAUCCAG